ACACUCCGCCGUCUUGCCGGGAACAAGCCCUAUUCCCGCCCCCCACCCCGGGACACGAGCCCGAGGAGUUGCGCGCGCAUCAUUUCCGACUGUACCAACCCCGACUGGUAUCGCUGGGCUGCGGGCACCCCUCUCUCCGUCCCCAGAGUAGAACAUUCCAACUGGGCUACCCGCGCAGCCUCCACAGCCCGCUUCCUCGCCCGGCCUAUGUUUUCGACGUCAGCGAGCAGGACCGCGCUGCGCGCGCAGCCCGCGGGGGUCGCCGCCAUUUUGUGCGCGGCGGUGUCGGUCAGUGAGCGGCUCGGCCCUUGCCGCCCCAGGACAAGCAGAGGCUGCCGCGGGCUGCUGAGGCGGCACCAUGCCGGCCGGUCCGGUGCAGGCGCUGCCGCCCGCGCAGCCAGCGCCGCAAGAAGGCAAACAGCCAGAAGAUGAGCCAAAAGAGGAAGCGGCACCAGCCAAACCCGUUGUGGGAAUUAUUUACCCUCCUCCAGAAGUCAGGAAUAUUGUGGACAAGACUGCCAGCUUUGUAGCCAGAAAUGGUCCAGAGUUUGAAGCUCGAAUCCGUCAGAAUGAAAUAAACAACCCCAAGUUCAAUUUCUUGAAUCCCAACGAUCCCUACCAUGCAUACUACCGGCACAAAGUCAGUGAGUUCAAAGAGGGCAAGGCACAGGAGCCUUCAGCUGCCAUCCCCAAGGUCAUGCAACAGCAGCAAAGUGCUCAGCAACAGCUUCCCCAGAAGGUACAGGCUCAGGUGAUCCAGGAGACAGUCGUUCCAAAAGAGCCACCUCCAGAGUUUGAGUUCAUCGCAGAUCCUCCCUCAAUUUCAGCCUUUGACUUGGAUGUGGUGAAGCUUACUGCACAGUUCGUAGCUCGGAAUGGCCGGCAGUUCCUGACUCAGCUGAUGCAGAAAGAGCAGAGGAAUUACCAGUUUGACUUCCUGCGCCCACAGCAUAGCCUUUUUAACUACUUCACCAAACUGGUUGAGCAGUACACGAAGAUCUUGAUCCCGCCUAAAGGCUUACUUAUCAAACUCAAGAAGGAGGCUGAAAACCCUAGAGAAGUCCUGGAUCAGGUGUGCUACAGAGUGGAGUGGGCCAAGUUCCAGGAACGAGAGAGAAAGAAGGAAGAGGAGGAGAAGGAGAAGGAACGUGUUGCUUAUGCCCAGAUUGAUUGGCAUGACUUUGUUGUUGUGGAAACAGUGGACUUCCAGCCCAAUGAGCAAGGGAACUUUCCUCCUCCCACCACUCCUGAGGAGCUGGGGGCUCGCAUACUGAUCCAGGAGCGCUAUGAGAAGUUUGGUGAAAGUGAGGAAGUGGAGAUGGAGGUGGAGUCAGAUGAAGAAGAUGAAAAGCAAGAGAAGACCGAGGAGACCCCAUCUCAACUAGACCAAGACACGCAAGUGCAGGAUAUGGAUGAGGGCUCAGAUGACGAAGAUGAGAGUCAGAAAGUUCCACCUCCUCCUGAGACCCCGAUGCCACCACCUCUUCCUCCAACUCCAGAUCAGGUCAUUGUGCGGAAAGACUACGAUCCCAAAGCCUCCAAGCCAUUACCACCAGCACCAGCCCCAGACGAAUAUCUUGUGUCUCCCAUCACUGGAGAGAAGAUUCCUGCCAGUAAAAUGCAAGAACACAUGCGAAUCGGCCUUCUGGAUCCCCGCUGGCUGGAGCAGCGGGAUCGGUCUAUCCGUGAGAAACAGAGUGAUGACGAGGUCUAUGCCCCAGGUUUGGAUAUUGAGAGCAGCUUGAAACAGCUGGCUGAGCGCCGUACUGAUAUCUUUGGUGUGGAAGAGACUGCUAUCGGUAAAAAGAUUGGAGAAGAGGAGAUCCAGAAACCAGAGGAAAAGGUGACCUGGGAUGGCCACUCUGGCAGUAUGGCCCGCACACAGCAGGCUGCUCAGGCCAAUAUCACCCUGCAAGAGCAGAUCGAGGCUAUCCAUAAGGCCAAGGGGCUGGUGCCAGAAGAUGACAGCAAAGAGAAGAUUGGUCCCAGCAAGCCCAAUGAGAUGCCCCAGCCUCCACCUCCCUCGGCAGCAUCGAAUCCCCCAUCUAAUGCUCCCCCAAUCGCAUCUGUGCCACGCCCUCCAUCGAUGCCGCCUCCUGUUCGCACCACUGUUGUUUCUGCAGUUCCUGUCAUGCCUCGUCCCCCUAUGACUUCUGUGGUCCGUAUACCCCCAGGCUCUGUCAUCGCAGCCCCCAUGCCACCAAUAAUACAUGCCCCACGCAUCAAUGUUGUCCCGAUGCCGCCAUCUGGUCCCCCCAUGAUGGCCCCUCGCCCGCCUCCCAUGAUAGUACCAACAGCAUUUGUCCCAGCCCCUCCUGUGGCUCCAGUCCCUGCCCCAGCACCAAUGCCUCCUCACCCCCCACCACCCAUGGAGGAUGAACCUGUGUCUAAGAAACCGAAAAGUGAGGACAGCCUGAUGCCAGAGGAGGAGUUCCUGCGCAGGAACAAGGGUCCAGUCACAGUUAAAGUUCAGGUUCCCAACAUGCAGGACAAGACUGAAUGGAAACUGAAUGGCCAGGUGCUGGUGUUCACUCUUCCGCUCUCGGAUCAGGUCUCUGUUAUAAAGGUUAAGAUCCACGAGGCCACAGGGAUGCCAGCAGGGAAACAGAAGCUGCAGUAUGAGGGCAUUUUCAUCAAGGACUCCAACUCUUUGGCUUACUACAACAUGAUAAGUGGCUCUGUGAUUCACCUGGCACUCAAAGAAAGAGGAGGCAGAAAGAAGUAGGAGUCAGGGUGCCUACAGCUGUCAAAAGCUCUGCUAUUUGUGUGAACCUAAGGACUAGAAUCCUGCAGCUUCUGGGGACACUGACAAGCUGAAACAUCAACCUUUGAUACUUACUAAUCCCCCCACUUCGGAGCUAUUGACUGUAUUUUGGUCCUUAGUCCUGUAUCCAAAAGUCAGACCGUUACAGAGCUGGAGAGAAUUCGUAUCGCCCAGACACAGCCAUGUAAACAUUGUGACGUUGCGUAUAACUUCACAGCUCUUGUGACACUGCUAGAAUGCUGGUCUUAAUGAUCACUAUUUUCAUUUAAUUCCCUACAGCAGUGAUGGCAGCAUUUCAGUUUGAGGUCUUGUCCGGAUUGGACUUUUAAAAUCCAUCUUCAUUUUGCAGCAGGGUUUGUGAUGACACAGGGAAUAUCACCUGCCUGACUAAAAUGUUAGCCUUUUCACUUAAUCUUUUUUGUAAUUGAGAACUCCUUUAUUUAGUAUAAUAAAGCCCUUGCUCCUUCUCUGUGAAAUGUACAUGUAAGAAUCUCCUGCAGUAAUUGUCUUUGGAUUUUAUCCUUCUUCGGAAUAACUAUACUUUGCUGCUGGUUUUGAUAAAGAGGCUCUGAGAUUGUGUUUCUGAUCAUCCUGUACAGUAUGUGACUUGUUUUAAUAAAAUUCUGAUCUCAGUGGGGAAUCUCA